AUGUAUUGGCCAUUCGCCCUUCUACUUACCCUCCUGGUUGUCUAUGUUGCCCUCAGACCGUCCACCGAGUCUAACCUCCCAAACGGUCCUCGAGUACUUCUCAAUGAGAAAGAUCGCCGCACCAAACUUCACCUCUACCUCGCUCUGUGGGCAAAAACAUACGGAGACUUCUUCUCAUAUCGAAUAGGCCACUCUACCGCAAUCGUGCUCAGCAGUAUGCAAGCUAUUGAGGAGCUACUGAUCAAGAAGGGUCACAUUUACAGCUCGCGCCCGACGAGUUCGUCCCAGGCAGACAUCAUUACCGGGAAGGCAAGGAUUGUGAAUAUGCCAUAUGGAGAAGAGUUCAGGAGAACUGAUUCAACCCAUAAACACCGUAAAAUCAUCCAUACACUUCUCGGAAUACAGAACGCAAAGAUCUUCCUCCCUUAUCAGGAGUAUGAGAGUCGCCAAACUCUGAGAAACCUGCUGCACAGUCCCGACCUCUUCUACUCGGAAAUGUCGCGGUACUCGGCCAGUGUGACGUUCUCGCUUUUAGUUGGCGCUCGCUUUGACCGCUCGGAUGCAUUCCUCCCAACGAUAAUUGGUGAAAUGAUGCAGAAAUUUUUUAACAAUAUCACGCCGGGAGCCUGGCUUGUCGACCUCUACCCCUUCCUGGACUAUCUUCCUGGAUUCCUUGCUCCCUGGAGGUCCCAAGCAUACUCUAUUCAUCGCGAAUUGCGCAACUUCUGGAACGUCUUCUUCCAUUCUAUCGAAGAGCGAGUUAAGGAAGGUACUGCGCCGGACUGUUUUCUGAGCAGAUUCAUACGAGAUCCCGAAUCGCAGCAUCUGAGUGAGAUUGAACGGAUCACUGUGGCGGCCGAGCUCCUCACGGCGGGCACCGAGACGACAGCAACGACCUUGCAAUGGUUUUUCAAGGUGUGUGCUAUACAGUCGGAAUGGAUUGUCGAAGCCCAAAAAGAGCUGGAUACUGUCGUUGGGAGAGAUCGCUUGCCCGAUUUCAGUGACAGGGAAAGUCUGCCAUACAUUACAGCUGUGGUUUCGGAACUUCAUCGAUGGGCAUCCGUCACACCAUUGGCGUUCUUCCAUGCCACCUCCCAGGACGAUACGUACCGCGGCACCACCAUUGCCAAAUCCACAGUGGUGAUCCCGAAUACGUACGCUGUGCAUCACUCGGAUGAGUACUUUGCGAACUCGUCUGCGUUUCUUCCAGGACGGUGGCUUUCGCCCGAAGACCCACGGCACGUCCACGACGGUGCAAAGACGGCCAAUCACCUCGCAUUCGGCCUCGGGAGAAGAGAAUGCCCCGGCAAGCAUGUUGCGGACUCGAGCCUGUUCAUUGUUAUCAGCCGGAUUCUGUGGGCCUUUGACAUUGAACGUGGCAACCCUCCCCCAAGCGAUGAAACAGUGGGAGCACUUCCAGUUCUAGGUUGCGCCCCGUUCAAAUGCAGAAUAACUCCUCGGUCGGAAGAUGCUGCGAGAAAGAUUCGCCGAUUUGCAGACCACAUCGACCCGGGACUACACGUGGAGGACGGGAGUACCUACGAUGCGCAGGUGCAAGCUGUAUUGAGUCAAAGUCGGAUCUGA